AGUAUGUUGCAAUAAGAUAACUGAAGAUCAUAAAUUAUUAUUUUUUUUUACUUUUCAGAUACUGGACCAUUUGAAGAACCUUUGAAAACAUUUAAUAUGCAUGUGAUAGAAACACCAGAGGACUAUGCUGAAAAAGAAUAUCCGGACCAUCAGGUUGAAAAGGAAGUUGAGUUUUAUUUUCCACCAGCUCCACUAAUAAAAUCCACACUGCAAAUACCAAAUGUUUCAGUACCCCCACCACGUCCAGUAAAUUUGUCUACUCUAUCAUCUGUUGUUGAAAUUAAAAUAACUGCUCCAACUCCAACACCAGAGCGAGAUGAAAAAAAGAGAGAAUUAUUUCAAUUAGAUGAGGUUGAAUGGACAGGUUCACCUCAAGAACCCUCCUCUCAAUCUACAAAACAUAAAUUUAAGUUUUCAUUUGAUGUAAUUUGUGAACCUCCAGAAGUUGUAAAAGAGUUGGAUAAGAUUUGUUGUACAGAAGGAGAAACAGUGAUGUUUGAAUGUGUAAUUUCUGGUGAGCCAGCACCUGUUGUUACGUGGAUUCAAAAUGAUAGAGUUUUAACUUGUGAUACAAGCAAACACCAAUUUGAAGAGAGUGGAGGAACUUAUAGAUUGUAUAUUAAUGAUGUUUCAGAAUCUGAUGUGGGGAACUAUACGUGCAUAGCUAAAAAUAAGGAUGGGGAAGCACAGAGUACAUCUAGUCUCACACUAGAACCUGUAAUGCAUAGUUUCAUUUACCAUCUGAAAGAUAUUGAGUUAUCUGAGGAUGAAACAGAAUCACCUGUUAGUAAAAUGGGCCAGGGUGAAGAUGUUGAGCAGCAAUGUCAGAAGGAAAACAGCAAUAAUUCUCUUCCAUUAAAUUCAGAGAAACGAAUCAUUCAUGUUGAUUCUGAAGUUGGUGAUUUUUCUCCAACCACUGCAGAUGAAUUUUCAAGCAUUGUUUCAUCUUUAAAGGAAGAGAGCGGUGAAGUUGUAUUGGACUCAUUGAGUUCUUUUGAUAAUGAACUUUUAAGUAAAAGUUUACCUUUAAGAGAAGAAAGUAAUGAAAUAGUUGCAGAAUCAGUGACUAAUUUUGUUGAUGAUAUUUCAAAUAAAUGUCCUUCUUUAGAAGUAAUUAAUACUACAAUAAUAAGAAAUUCAGAUGUGACAGGGUCAAAAGCAGAGAAAAUAACAGAAGAAACCUGUUCUGUCAGCCAAUAUUUACGCGAUCUUGAUAAAAGUCGUAAGUUAUCAGAAGGUCAGGAGAUGAAUAAAGAAAUAGAAGUAAAAGACAUCAAGUGUGCAUUUUUAGAAGAAGUUCAUGAAGAUAGUUUACUUUCAGAAGGUGGAAUUAAGCAAGUUGUUGAAAGUAAUAAAGGAGAAGUAGAAAAAAUUACCUCAGAGAUGGAGUUAAGUCAUUCAGUGUUUCAGAAAAAUAUUUGUGAUAUUGGUGAAGAUUCAGUGGAAACAUUUUCUAAGAAGGAUGAGCCGAGUGAAAAUAUUUCCAUUGCACAAUAUCUCCUUACUGCAAGAGAGGAAGAAGCACCAAUUCAUGAUUGGGAAAACAAUGAGGCCUUUCAGCAUGAUGAGUCUGGGAUUACUUCAAUGGAAGUUGAAGAAGUAACAUUUUCUGCUGUUUAUGACUAUUAUAAUCAAAAUGAAGAAUGGACACGGUCCCUUUCUCCUGAAUCUGAAAUGUCAAUUGAAAUUAGUAGCACAAUUAGCGAUGAAAUAGCAGAGAAUGAAAGAUUUUAUACACCACCCUUGGCUUCAGAAAAUUUUAGAUCUGUUGUAUCUGCAGAGUCAUUUCAUACACCACUUCAGUCACCUGGCUUUGUGACUCCAGAAGAAAGAUUGCCAUCACUUAACGCUGUGGGUAGAUCUCCUAAUUAUGAACUAGAAAGAUUUUACACGCCAUCAGACCAUUUUAGAUCACCAAUAGAUGAGGGUAUUGAAACAACACCUAUUGAAUGUUCAAGACUUUCUACUGAAGAGCAAAGAUUGGAGGCAUUUUCAACUCCUCCACAAGAAGCUGAAGCUAAAGGAAAUGAAAUGCCUCCAGCAUUUAUUAAACCCCUUACUAGGAAAAGGAUUCAUGAAGGAGGCUCACUUACAUUUAUUACAGAAGUAAUUGGUUGCCCAAUUCCAGAUGUGAAGUGGUAUAGAAGAAAAUUGUUAUUAGAGCGAAAUCACAAAAUUAGAGUAGAAAGAGAAGGAAAUCUGUGCAUUUUAGUGAUCGAUAACAUGCAAAGAGAAGAUGAAGGAGAGUAUAUUUGCAAUGCUGUUAACGUUGUAGGAGAAGCGAAAAGUAUUGCUCAGGUGGAUGUUUUAGCACAAGAUGCAAAGUUAGUUGCAUUGCCACCACCAGUGACACAUCAACAUGUGAUAGAGUUUGAUGUACAGCAAGAACAAACAUCAAGAUCUCCUUCACCUCAAGAAAUUCUUCUGGAAGUUGAACUUGAUGAACAUGAAGUGAAGGAAUUUGAAAAACAGAUUAAAAUUAUUACAAUUCCUGAAUUCACUCCUGACAAUAAAAAUAUGAUCAUCUCACUAGAUGUCCUUCCUGUGAUGAUUGCUGAUGAGUAUAAUGUAGGCUUGACAGCAAAAGAAAAUGGAGAUGUGAAAAUUGAUUUAGAAGUCACUGAAAUGCCCCCACGGUUUACUAGUUAUAUUUUUGAUCUUGAUAUUCCAGAAAACACUGAUGCAGUAUUUGAAUGUUCUGUGACAGGUAUUCCUCCUCCAGAAAUAACAUGGUUCAAAGAUGAUUUGCAUAUAACUGUGGAUGGUACGAAAUACAUUAGAAAAGAUAAUUCAAAUCAUAGUCUUAAAAUAACAAAUGUUUGUCCUUCUGACAAUGGCAUAUACAGUUGCAAGUUAGUGAAUAGUGUUGGAGAAGCAACAUGUAGAGGAUAUCUUGCAGUAACAAACUCAAACAUGGCACUAACAAAAGCAAGUGGUAGAGCUGUAGCUGCUUUAUCACUGGCUGGUGCUCAUGAACGUUCACAGGAAUUAGAUGUUGUUGUUGGUGAUUCUUCGCCAGAUGUCAAUCAUAGUUCAGAAUUUGAGGUUGAGUUUGAAUUUGAGCAAGGCAGAGAUGAAUCUCAGAAAUCCGUGAAACUUGUUGCUGUAACAGAGAAAGGAAAUAAGGAAAAAGGAGAAAAAUGUGUGAAUAUCAAUUUUGAUGUAUUUGCUGAACCUGCCAAAGAUGAGACAAUUCAGUUUAAAGCAGAGGCUUCUGAAACAUGUUCAUUUGAAUUUCAAGUAACAGAGAUUCCACCCAAGUUUGUGAUUUCACUUCUUGACUGCAACACAGCCAUAGGGAACACAGCAUCUUUUCAAUGCUAUGUAACUGGUACUCCAAAACCAAGUAUAAAUUGGUAUUUCAAUGACAGAAUACUUGAAGGUACCAAUUACCUAACUGGGGAAAAAGAUUCUGGGCAACAUUAUCUGAACAUUGUAGGUGUUACAGAAAGUGAUGCUGGAGUCUACAAGUGCAAAGCCGUUAACAAAGCUGGAAAUGCAGUUACAUGUGCUGUUUUAAAAGUAUUUUAUGCAUAAAAUACUUCUGAAUGUCCUUUACAUACUUAGAAUAAUGAAGUAUUUUGAUAUUUAUCAUAUGUAGCAUGUUUAGGGAUGUGUUAAUUUCUGACACAGUAAUUAAAUUGAUUUUAACAUUACAAAUUUUAUUUGGUAUUGCUAAAAUGUUGAAAAAUUUACCCUGGAGUAGUGUAUCAGUAGGAAAGCUGAUAUUUAGAUGUUUAAAACAUUAAUCAAGUUAAAAUACUGAACAUUUUGGAUUAAGGACAUGAAAAGGUCUGGCUAGUGAGGCUAGUUUGUUGAAAAUAUUGAUAACUCAAGAGAUUUUGCAUGAAGCAGCUAAACCAUUAAUGUUUAACCUCUUAAACUGUGAUUAUAUUGCAUCUGGUCACAAUGAAGGUUACAGAAUUACAGAACUUCCUUUACAAUAACUGUAACAAAAUUUUACUUUUAUAUACACUUGAUCUUUUUUUCAAUUUAUGUUGUAUAUUCACCAUCAGACGUAACUUCCUCCUUUUUAGUUCUUAUAGUGUGAGUAAAAUAUAAAGACAUACAGUUGCAUUGAUGCAAAUUAGUUCUAUCAUUGCUCCUCUAUUUCCUGUUCAAUAUUAUGAUGUAUUUAAAAAUACCAGGGCAAACUGAAUAGGUUGAUAGAAGCUUUAUUGGGACAUUGUAGUUUAGGAUGAGUAGACAUAAUUUCAAAAUCAGAACCAGGUUUUUCAAAAAAUGAAUAUAGAAAGACUAAUACAAGCAGACAUUAAUAGAAGUUUGGAAUCCUCAUCUACAGAUGGCAAUUACUGUUAAGUCAUUAAGUAUAAUACUCAUAGUUUCUGUUAUUGAAAUUAAUUAGUAUCUAAAUGUCAGAACAGACUUAACGGACUAUUGGUUAAUUACAGUUAUUUUGUUCCUUUUUUCAUUUGGACGUAAGUAUUAUUUGAAACAUCUAUCAUUUUAAAAACUUAAAUGAUUUAGGUUAGUUAUGCUGAACUUAAUAUGACAUUCUUCUGACAAUAUUUUAUAUGGAUCAUGAACCUUAUUUAUUUUAAUCCAUCUAAAGUAUAAAUUAUUGCUUUAUAGGGAAAUACCAAAUAAAUCAUUUGCUAAUGUCUUUCACAACUACAGAAUAAUAUAUAAAAAUCUAGUAUCCUUGAGCUACAUGAAAGUGACCUCUCAAAUAUUGUGUGUUGCAAUUGGGAGAAAGAUAAACCAAAUUAAAUUUCUAAAAAGGGUGCUAACUAUCAUAAGGCAUUCUGAGAUGGUCAGAUUUCGAGCAGGUCAGAAUCCGUGCCUUAGGAUGGAAUAUUAUAGAUGCUUAAACAUGAUUGUUUUGGUGGCUUUUAAGUAUCAAUCUGAAAAGUCUAAUUCCAAUAAUUAGAAAUAAUUAAAUUUUAUCUACUCUCUCCUCAUCUUCUUUUACCUUCCUUCCCAUUUCUUAGCUAAAGUAGAAAAGAAUCUAUUCCCAGAUUUCUACUGCUAGAAAGUGAAGAGUCCAUUUGACUCUGCUUCACUUUCCAGCCUUCUAAUAAAAAGGUGUUUACCAUUUCUGUCUUAUCCUGUUACCUUCAUAAAUGAGGCAGGAAAUUUGUUGUUGUGGAAUCGUACAUUAAAUAAACAAAUCUUGCCAUUCUGUGCUUUAGUUCAUUUAAAAACAUAUAAUAUUUCUAAUAAUCUACAUGUUUAAAAUUAGAUUUAUUCAUUGCUUUUUGUAUUACUUUAUUGUUUUUGUUAAUACAUUUGUCCUGUCUUUAGACAUUAGCAAGGUUCAGAGUCAAAAAUGUAAACUUUGGUUCAGACUGAACUAAUGUUUGCUGUUGGAGGAAGUUUAUUAAAGGUCAUGAUGGAGUUUCGUAGGUACUGGGGGAAUUAUUAGUCUGGCAGUCAGACAGUAAAAUAUUUGAUGAGUCCAGAGAUUUCAAAAAUAAUUUAAUAGAGAUUAUUUCAAAGUGGAAAUCUCCUCUUUGAUAAUCUUGCAAAUAAUAAAAUUGUUUCUGCAUCUUUAUGAGUCAGAUCAUUGCAGAUCAUUUUAAUAUUUACUUUCUAAUCAGUUAAUCUUACAUUUUAAAUUAAGUUAUUUCAUUGCAUUGAGUCAUUUUUGCACAAACUAUAUAAAAUAUGUGAUAUUUUAAAAUUAACAAGCUUUAGUGGUUUGGAUUCCGAAAGUUCAUGGCCAAUUUAUUGAAGUUGUAAAUUUAGAAAGCAGGUACCUUUCGUGACAUCAGCAUGAGUAUUUUAAUAAGCACACUUCUAAUGAUAAUCUCAGUAUGGUAAUCUAGUUGCUUGAAAGCAUACAUUGUUUCCUGUUUUAUAUGGCACAUUUGACAUGAUAUUAAAGUGUGAUUAUUAUUGCACCUGUUGCGAGGAACUGUUGAAUGCUACAACUAUUCAUUCCUUCUGCAGGUUUCUAUUGUUAGUAAUUGUAGUUAUGUUUUAUUUUACUGUGAACACUUAUGUGUACGCAGCUCCUGGCUCUGUUGUCAUGUAAAUAUACAGCUGGUAUGCAAGAUAUAGUCUCUUUUGAUUAUCCCACCACUGCUUAAGACAGAAACUUAUACUAAGUUCUGGUUCCAAGGGUGGUAGCAGCUUCCUCUCGUGCUCCUGAACUAAGUGCUUUGAUGUUUGCUUGUUGGGAUAAAUAGUUUAAUUGUAAGUCAAUACAGUGAAUGUAAUCUUGCACUUAAUAACUGCAAAUACUCCCGUUAUGGAUUGUUUGAGAUCAGCCUGCAACUGUUGGCUGUUUUCUUGUACUAUAGCUUGGAAUUACUGAUAUCAAUUUUAACAUUUCAUUGCUGUCUAGGUAAGAGAAGUUAACCUAAAUCAGAGAUUUAUAGGUAGCUUUCAGCUGUUUUGUAGACAAUCAAAAUUACAGCAUUGAUUUUGCUAUCACCAGGUGCAAUAUAUUCUUACAAUAUCAUAGGAAUACAAUAUCUCUUGAUGUGACUUAACAAUCAAAUUUUGAUAUAUUUGAUGAGAAAUAUGUAUUUCACUGAAUGAAUAAAGCUUAUAUUAGAAAUUACUUUUAAGUCUGUUGAAAAUUUGUAGCAUGCACUACAUUUUUGUGUGAUAGUAACACUAUCAUGAAUGCCCUGGGCAAUGAUUCUAGAUUUACAGAAUGCCAGCCACUACUAACAAACUUCAAUCUAU